AUGUUAUGUCGUUCAAUCAUUGGUCGGCUCAGUCCAGCACAUCACUACUUCUGCUUACGUCAUCAUGACGUCACCGAGGUCGCAAUUUUGGGCUUGCGCAUAGCUCUAUCUGAAUGCAGGUAUCAAUUCAAAAACGAGUUAUGGGAUUGCACGAAUGUGAUGUAUCACAGAGCAUUAGGUAAACAAAUUUCCGAUCCAAAAAAAGGUUUUAAAGAGUCAUCGGUGAUAUUUGCACUGCUGGGAGCCAGCGUCUCGACACAGAUAUCAAGAGCGUGUUCGGCCGGCGAUCUCCAGUAUUCGUUGAAAAAAAUGGCGAUCGUUCGCUGCAAGUGCCACGGCGUUUCCGGAAGUUGUCAGCUGAAAACGUGCUGGAAGGUGGCGCCCGAUUUCAGGAGAGUCGCUGACGUCAUCAAAACGAAAUUCAAGAUGGCCGUCAGGGUGGGUGCGUUUGCAACGAACACCAUAGAAUAUAAAAUCAAAAACUUAUCACCAAAGAAAUUUAAAGACAGCUUAAUUUACACCCAAAAUUCACCCAAUUUUUGUAAUCCAGAGCCCAAACUCAAAAUUCUAGGCACCACAGGCCGGCAAUGUAACGCCUCUAGCCUAGAUGAUAACGACUGUGGCUCCAUAUGCUGCGGUCGCGGGUUCGAUAUCGUGGUGAAGACGAUCGUCAAGAAGUGUCUAUGCAAAUUUAAAUGGUGUUGCGCUGUUGUUUGCCGGAAGUGUUUUGUGAGAAGGUGGGUGGCCAUCUGCAAGUGA